AUAUAUAUAUAUAGGCUAAGUGUAAAUUUUCACCUGUGAACGUGUGCGUUAGUAGUCGUCUACGAUAUUUCCUAGUCCUCUUAGUUAACUGCAAGUGUGCCACACAAAUUAUGGAAGAAGUUGUCACCGAACAACCUGCUGCAAGUCAACCAGAGGAAACAAGAGAAUGGGAAUCAGGAUUAUUUGAGUGCACAAAUGAUAUGACCAGCUGUGCUUUAUCACUUUUCUGCCCAUGCGGAUAUUUAUGUUACUUGUACUCGUACGCAAGUGAACCGUGCUGGUUACCAUUUUUAGGAGCUGGUCCGGGUCCACUUAGAAUGAGACAACGUCAUAGGCACAAUAUCAAUGGUUCAAUGACAAAUGAUUUUGUACUAUCUUGUCUUUGUACACAAUGUGUCAUGUGUCAGUUGAAAAGAGAUAUGGAUUAUGUUCUUAAAAAUGGUGGGGACGUGUAACCGUAUAGUGUCCUUCGGAAAACUUCUCAAUAAAUGAACAGUUAAAUAAUUAACGCUCUUAAUUUGAAGAAAAUGUGAAAGCAUGCAAAGCAGGUCUACAUAUCUUCCUACGCAUAUCUUAUAUACAUUCACGUGUGCUGCACACUUAUAAAAAUAUAGGAAUUGGUGUACAAACCUAACGUUCUUUUAUGACAUAUUUCUCUUGUUAUAAAAAGUCAAACAAAAUAUUGAAACUGUUAUUUUGGUAGUGGGAUUGGUUUUCUCUACGUAAAAAUUUUAAAUAUUGGUUAAUAAAACAAUGAAUUUUCA